AUGAAAGUUCCUGAUGGAAUGAAAGAAUUAGUUCAUAUUGUUGCUGGUCUUCAAAAAGAUGUUAAACAAAUGAGAAACGUUUUAACAUUACCAGAAGCUCAAGCAUAUGCCAAAUGUCAUGGUCCAAAUUGGGAAGCACACGAAGCAGACAUUACGGGUCCAAAUGGAAAACCUGAUGGUAUAAAUGAAGUUUUCGUUACUGAUGGUCAAGGUAAUAUUAAAGUCAUAAAUGGUUAUAAAUUAACUAUGUCUGAUUAUCCUAAACGUAAAGCAUAUAAUGAACGUUAUCCUAUGCAAUUUGAUGAAAAUGGAAAAGCUGUUAAACAAUACAUUAGAGAAGGUGAAAAUGGUCCAAUUAAUUCAUACCGUCAUAAUCCAUAUUCUUAUUUCAAUGAAGAAUUAAAUGCUAUUGAAGAGGGACCGGAUGGAUUACCACGAUAUUCUAACCAGUUUGAUGGUCAAUAUACAAAUAUUAGACCUGAAAUUUCAGCUAAGAAAUUCUUUAAAGUUGCUUUAUUCGAUCCAGUUUUCGCGAAUGUUAAAGAUGAACUUAAACAGCAAUUCCAACCAAUUAUAGUAGCAAGAAUUGCAUCAGGUGCUUUAUCUCAAGCAUUCAAAGAUUUAAUUAAGAAACCAUUAUAUCAGCAACGUGGUUUAACUUAUGAUUUAGUUAAGGAAUCAGAUAAAAGAAAAUUUGAGAAAUCAGAUGAUUAUAA